CGUAAGCGCGUCCGUUGCAAAACAACAUGGCGGCGUCCUUGCGUCGUCUGGCCGUCGGGCUGACGGUGCGGCAGGUGAACAGAUCUCCUCAUCUGAGCUGCUGCCAACAGCGAUGUCUGAACACAGGUCGCGGCUUCUGGCUCCGCCCUCGGCCCCUACCUGUAUUGGUUGUGACAGGUGGCGGUUACCUUGGUUACCAGCAGUACAAGAAGUGGGGACAUGAGGAGGAUGGAGCUCCGCCCACCCUGGCCACUCCCACACAGGUGGCGUUGUAUCGUUCCUUCCCCACUCGUCUCCUCUCUCGGGCCUGGGGUCGGCUGAAUGGAGUUGAACUGCCCACGUGGCUGCGCAAACCCAUCUACUCCCUUUACAUCUGGACCUUUGGAGUCAACAUGCAGGAGCAGCGGUUUGAAGAUCUGCAUCACUACAGGAACCUGGGGGAAUUUUUCCGCCGCCGUCUGAAGCCGCUGUUUCGACCGCUGUGCUCCGCCUCCUGUCUGACGUCUCCAGCUGAUGGGCGGAUCCUUCACUUCGGUCAGGUGAAGAACUCAGAGGUGGAGCAGGUGAAGGGCAUCACCUACAGCCUGGAGAACUUCCUGGGUCCACAAACAAGGCGGAGCAAUGACUCCGCCCCCUCCUCCUUUCAGGACGGCCUCCUGUGGCGUCCUGACACUCAGCUGUUCCACGUGGUCUACCUGGCACCAGGUGACUACCACUGCUUCCACUCCCCCACCGACUGGAGGGUGGAGCUACGACGACACUUCCCAGGUUCGUUAAUGUCAGUUAAUCCGGGCGUGGCUCGUUGGGUCAAAGAGCUCUUCUGUCUUAACGAGCGUGUGGCUCUCACCGGCCAAUGGGAGCGCUUCUUCUCGUUUACAGCGGUUGGAGCCACAAACGUCGGUUCCAUCAGACUGUACUUUGACAAGGUGAGAAAAAGACAGUGA